GUCAAAGCAAAACAAUAGCGCAAGCAAAAAAUCAAGAAAAAGAAAUUUCUAUUAAUCUUCUGAGCUCGAACAACCUUGUAAAAGAUCCGUUGAAUCAAAUUGGUCUCACCACCGUUGGUUGGAAAAUAAUCAUGUUGAGAAAUACAAUUAAAGGUCUGGUAAGACUUCGGCACAGUGCAUCAAUGCGGUGGUUCAGUACGAUGCGAUUUAUACAAACGCAAGACACCCCGAACCCAGAUAGUUUAAAAUUUCUGCCUGGUAUUGCGGUUCUUGAGGCUGGUCAAACAAUGGACUUUCCAACUGUUGCAUCCGCUCAGUGCAGUCCGCUGGCCAAACUUCUGUUUCGAAUUGAGGGCGUCCGUUCGGUGUUCUUUGGGGGCGACUUUGUGACAAUAUCUAAACAAGAGGGUGCAGAAUGGCGUGUUAUCAAACCGGAAGCAUUCGCUGUGAUCAUGGACUUUUUUGCCAGCGGUUUACCUGUGGUGAAAGAUGCACAACCCAACACCAGCACACAGAUCAAUGAUGAAGAUGAUGAAAUCGUACAAAUGAUCAAGGAACUGCUCGACACGCGCAUCAGGCCCACGGUACAAGAAGACGGCGGCGACAUUAUUUUUAUGGGCUUUGAAGACGGGGUAGUGAAGCUUAAAAUGCAGGGCUCUUGCUCCUCGUGUCCCAGCUCGAUUGUGACCCUGAAAAAUGGUGUCCAGAACAUGCUUCAAUUUUACAUUCCCGACGUGGUAUCCGUCGAACAAGUAACGGACGAAGUGGAUGAAAUAACGGAGAAGGAAUUUAUGCGACUCGAAAAACAAAUUAACCAAAAGGAUGAGAAAUCAGAUUAAGAGCUUUAAAACCGGUACAUUAAAUUUGGAUUCAUUGUAUUUUCAUCCUAAGAUGCAGCAUUUUGCAGCAAAUGCCGCCACUAAUUGUUGGAAAAGAAAGCAUUCAAACAUGUUCCCUCUACCGUUGCAAGCAUGUUUUCGUCCCUUGCUUUCCCUGUGGAUCUGUAUAUAUGAAUAAAAUGAGUAUGAUUUGUACACAAUUCUACCAAAUAAGAGAGCUAAGUGAUACACUGUACUACAUCAACUGCGUUGGUACUGGAGCUAAUAAGAUACUUUAAUUAAUGGGAUGUUUUAUAUUUCAUCGAUGGAUGAUCUACCUGAUGUGAUGCCAGACAUGUUUGAGUCCACGCGCGCGCACUGAUCAUAACUUU